UAUCUCAAAAUGACUCAAAAAGCCGUCAUCUAAAUGAGCCUAACAGGUUUACGCCCUUCCCCUGACGACAGCAACACAACACAAUACAACGCAACUGAGAAAGUCGUCUGGUAGAAGAAUCCGGGUCGACUUCAACUCAAACUAUGACCUCCAAAACACACUCCAAACGCUUAAUCUUCGUAGCAGUUGCAGCAGUUUCUGCUUCCACUGCCAUCUCUGUUUUCAUAUGGAGAAAGAUUAAAGGGUUAGAGAGAUCUUUGAACUCUGCCUUACAAAAAUGUGCUGCUGAGAGACAAGGUCGUAUCAGAGCUCAACAGGUUUUGAGGGAAGCUUUAGCGCGACCCAAGUCUCAAAAUGUGGAACAAACGUCUUAUCCCAUGGCUCCUAUUGGUGUUGUCCAGUCUUGCUUCUCUACCAGAAAUGGGACACCGAGGCAACCUUUACUUGUUCUUCUUGCUAGGGCUUGUUUGGUGUUUGAUGCAUCUCGUGUCCCUCCAGCUUCUCUCGAGGGUCUUGGAGAAUAUUCUCAUUGCUGGAUUAUAUAUGUAUUUCAUUUAAAUACAGAUCUAGAGAAGUUAUGGAAGCAUCCAUCGAAAUCAAAGUUUAAGGCUAAGGUGAGAGUACCAAGACUAAAAGGUGAAAGGAUGGGAGUCUUUGCUACACGUUCUCCACAUCGGCCUUGCCCUAUUGGGCUCACUGUUGCAAAGGUGGAGGCAGUGCAAGGAAAUAUGGUUCUGUUAUCUGGUGUGGAUCUGGUUGAUGGGACUCCGAUACUCGAUAUCAAACCGUAUCUACCAUACUGUGACAGCAUACAUGGAGCAGCAGUGCCAGAGUGGGUAACGGUGGACAAUAUUUUAGUCAUAGCUUCUGUCAGCUUCUCCGAGGCAUUCUUUUCCACACUUGCUGAUUGUUGGGACACUGUAGAAAAGAAGUCACUCUAUGCAUCACCUGAUGAGUUUCAAAGCUUAAUCAAAGAGGUACUUUCAUGGGAUAUCAGAUCAGUUUCCCAGCGGAAUCGACCUCAUGAUGGCCUUGUUAAGAUAGGAAGUGGCAAUGUAUUGGGUAAUACUUCAGAUUUGGAUGACGACCAAGAUGAAGAGCAAGUUCCUAUUCCUUCUGAGAACAUACUUUACCAUCUGAUUUUGGAAGGACUGGAUGUCUCAUAUAGAAUUGAUUGCAACAGCAAUGUCAUUGUCGAAAAAGCAAAAAUUUCAUCCGAAUUCUUUAGUAGUAAUAGAAGUCGGUGUAACUACUUAAUGUGGAGAGAGCAACUAACUUGAUUCAUUGUUUUGAACGCCUGUUGUAAUUCCAAUGCAUAGAGUUCUAUAUGCUGCUUUUGAAAUAGAGAGAUCUUUUUAUAAUGUGCUGCCUUAUGGGGCUGGCCCAUAAAUGCCAAUCCAGUAACAUGGAAUCAUCAAAAACUGCUCAAGCUUUAUCAAAGUAAUGUA